CUCCGAGAGCCGGCAUCUUGCCCCACCAUUGCCCUCCGCUCACUUUCAUCUCCAACACUGCCAUCAUCAAGCUCCGCCCAUAGAAUCUCUACAAUCCUCACAAUCAGCCAAUCUCAUCAAUAUUUAUUGCACUGUACCGUGUAUUCCCCAACCGUAUUUGCUUCAUCUUGCUACCAGCGCCGCCAGCAUGCAGCAGUGGACAGUUACCGAGCCGUGGCUUGAUGCCCAGUGCGCUUUGGCCGAAGGCCCAUUCUACGAAAAGGCAUCGGAUUCCCUCCGAUUUGUAGAUAUCAAGAAGAAGCAAAUAUGUUGGGUUCGCCAGGUAUCCGCAGGAGACCGCCGCACACGCAUCCCCAAGGACGCAAUUGAGAGGAUCCAGCUGGACGUCUCUGCAGGCGUCACGGCAGAUAUUGAGGACAUGAACCCAGCCGAAGAGAUUCUAGUCGGCCUCAAACACGGUCUAGCUAUCCUAGACUGUAAGACCCAUGAAUAUGAACUCUUGGCACCGUUCAAUGACGAGUAUGGCCCGUCAAGCGACAGACUGCGGGCCAACGACGGUGCUGCGGACCCUGCUGGUAACUUUUGGCUCGGCACAAUGACGGAUUUUGGCCUGGGGCCUUUCAAACCAGAAGGAAGCCUGUACAGAUUUUCUGGAGACGGUGCAAAGACGACUGUGCUACCAGAUGUGACUAUCCCCAAUGGCAUUGGCUGGAGUCCUGACCAGCGCAUCAUGUACUUCACACACUCGCCCACCCGCGAGGUAUUUGCGUUUGACUACGACGCCGCAAGUAGCAACAUCUCCAACAAGCGCCUUUUCUACAAGCAUUCAGGUACGGCAGAGCCAGACGGUAUGCGUGUGGAUGUGCAAGGGCAUAUAUGGCAGGCAUUCUACGGAGAGGGCAUGGUGCUCCGCAUCAACCCCGAAGGCCAGGUAGUUGGCAAGAUAUCGCUGCCCACAAAGAACAUCACCUGUGUCCAGUUCGUAGGUGACGAUCUCGUCAUCACCUCAGCCGCUGAUGACGGCGAGGCGGACUCCAACUGGCCUGAGAGCGCUCGUCUAGGCGGAGCCCUAUUCAGAGUAGAGGUCGGCGUCAAGGGCUUGGACCUGUUCCCGUUCAAGCUGCGUCUGUAGGAGCAGGCGCGCGGGUAUCAUACAAAGAUAACACAUGCAUGAGUGGUUAGUUUGGGAAGUUUCGGAAUGCUUCAGUAUUUGUCAAACGAAAGGGGUUGGGCGGCUAGGUGAUUGGCCGUGUGGCGCCUGGAGGAGGGUUGUGUGAUGAGACUUGCAGCGUCAAGCGGAGAAUUUACAUGCAUACAAGCGUCCGGUGUCCCAGCCCGCCGAAGAUUUCACUAUUCUAUUAGCUAUUAGGGACCAACAAGUGCAACGGAUAUUUCCAGCCCCUGUACGUAGCCAGCAAAUCACAACGCCCAAGGCGCCAGCCAUCAUGCACGCUCGGUCCUUGCUUACGGGCUCAGCCAGCGCUAAGCGCAGCGAAACCAUACUCUCGGGACGGGGAGUCGCAUAGUCUCUUUAUUGCCAUCAAAUCAAUCGUCACACUUCUUUACUAUUUUCAGCGUUACUUCAGGUAUCCGCGCGCUUGCAUGCCCCCUGCCAGUGACGGUCUUGGAACAAUUUGGUUGGUUCGCGAGAUGCCAUACCACCGCCGCAGCCUCAUCACAGACGAGCAUUGUCUCGGACAACAGGUCAUCGCUCGCAUUCGCCCCCAACUGAAUCCCCGGGCACGUUUUCGCCCCCUCCAGCACCAAGGUUUCCAAAUUCAGAGCUUUGUCCGGGCGCGGUGACUCCAAACAAUGGGGUCGCAAGGCUACCUACACACCCCCAAGGGUCAAAUAUGCCUAAGCGCCGAGCAUACCUGGGGGCCAGAGCCUCUCCAAUUUUACGAAGCAAACCAAAAGUAAACACAUGAAAUGUAUUGUCCUAACUGAGUAUAGCCCUGUUAUACGAGACCCUUCAGCUCAAAAAAAAGGCUGGCUGCCAUUGCCUGCGUUUGCGCGUCUUACCCGAUUCGUAUACCAGUAUUUUUACCAUUUCAUUAAUGUAAUGAUUUCUAUGCCUCUCUGUCCUAGUCUCUGAGCGAUGUGUUUAUUACCAAGUCAUCCUUUCCUUUCAGAUGAAUAAUAAUCGUCAAACCUUCGAUCCCUGUAUCAUCGCAGUCAUGCGCUCGUACGGGUGACGCCUGGGUCUUAGGUUGACUGCUUUUUUGGACUUUCUUGAUAUUCUCUUCAUCAUCGUAAGAAUCUAGCUCUGAAUUUAGCUGGUUAAACUCUGCAUUCAGGUUUAGAAUGCUAUCUUUCCAUCCGCAUGAAUGUUUCUGUACCACUGCCGCCCUUGGAGAAGUUGUUGCACUGCCAUAGCUUGUUGCGCUGAGAUUGGUUGAGGAUUCUGGGGGGCUUUGAAACUCCGCUAUGGUCUCAUUUCUUUGGGAUUUCGCGUUCUGUUUCGAUUCAUUACUUUGGAGAGCAAGACUUGGCAUUUCAGUUGCCGUUACAACUUUCUCCUGCUUCGUCUCUUCACGCGCUACAAUGUUCGACUUUGCUUGCUUCGCUUCCAUAUUACGACGAACUUCUCGUUGCCAAGGUACACUUUCUUUUCUCUUGGACACACGUCGCACCUCUGGUUUUGUAACUCGCCGUAGUAUUGGCCACGGCUCAACCUCAAUUUCUGGAGUGCGUGGAUGAGGAAGAAGGCCGCAUGUCUUUACAAUGGCUUCGGGGCUGUUGUCUUUUGUCAGGUCACUAUUAGUGGACAUUGUCGAAUAGGAUUGCACUAUUUGAUUCGAGUCGUUGGGUCCAUGAUGAAGCUGCAACGCGGGAGGAACCAAGCUUUCGUCGUCAACGGGUUCAGCAGAACGUCCCAAAACGGGAGGCUAGCUCGUUCGGUUCGUUGUAGCUUCUAAUUUCAACUCCUUUGUUUCGCUUGGUUUAGAUUUUGAUCGCUUGGCUACACAGCAAAUACAAUGGCCUCUGCUUGGUUGACUCUCCUCCGUCGUUGGACAGCUGCGUGGUUCGGCAUUGAUGUACGGAGAAUUUCUAGACGAUUCAAACGAAGACAGAGAAGAUAUGUUUCUCACAACUGAUCGAAUACUCGCAGCCCGUCGCAUUUCGGCAUCGUUCACAACUGUUGGAGAUGCCUCGGCCGUUACGGAUAUGGUUCUAUGCACCGCCUCUGGAGUGUUUGGUCCAUGCAAACCAACAUUUGAUUCACUCGAUGUAUAUAGCCCAUCUGUUUCUUCAGAUAUGGUGUCUGGUCGGGGAGUUCGCGGAACAUGGCCUUUAGAGAUUCGAGACAUUGGCAGCUGCGUUGUCUGCCACGUGUUGGAGUUGUUGAGUAGAGUGGUGCAUUUUGAACAGAAUUCAUGUCCACAGUUGCUGCAUGGGUAUCUUUCAAAAACCCGUUCUCCACAAGAGUGGCAUUGAUAACUUGAGCCUGUAUCUUGAUCGUUGCAUCCAGCACCAUCAAAGUUCAUUCCAUUGCGAGACGGUGGCUCUCGUUCCUCCAAACCUAGAAUAGACGGCUGUUGUGUGUGGACACUGACAGUGGGUGUCGAAGAAGCGCUAUUGACGAGAUCCUCUGUCCAAUCUUGUUCAAGCGAUAGAUAGCUAUUUCCAAAGACUAGCGAAGAUCAGUUUCCGAUGCCAAGUCAAGCCACGCGAUAUCACUAAAACAAACCAGUCUUCGCGGUUCGGCAGGACACCCAAGAAUCGGUCUGCUCUUCUGUUGCAAUGUUUGUGUAUCUGGCAGCUGGUGGGCCAAGAAACUGGGAUUUACAUAAGCUAGAAAGAUCAUUGCAGGAUUUCGCAGAAAUGUUUGAAAGCGGCUUCCUGUGAGAUGGCCCCGGAUCCGAUAUAUUCUAUGCAUGAAAAA